AUGUCCAAGGCGUUCCUGCAAAGCCGACCCUGGCAUCAUGUGAACAUCCUUUUGGUGUGGAAAGUCGUUAUACUAAUAGUGAUAUGUGACCACGGAGACUAUCGCCAGGGUGAUGGACGCUGUGCCUCAAAUCUCUACGCUCAUGCCUUGUUGUCAGUACCAUCAUCUUCUAGAGUAUCCACAGCUGCUCGCGCUUCAUCGGAUAAUGGUGGCGCCUCUACUCCCAUCUUAUAUCGCAAUGGAAGAGCAGGAGAUGAACUCUUUAUUGCGCCAGUCAUGGCCAAGGAACUGAUGAAUCCAUUUGGGAUUUCACACAAGAACAAUCUUAUUGUGGCAGAAGACAAGGCCACUGGAAAAAGAGUUGGAUGGGCGCAAAUACGGUCCAUGGGAUACGCUGGAAUUGAAACAUCGUCUAAAUUCGUAGAUGAUGAGGAUUCUUCAUCAAACUUUAGACGAAAGGUGCAAUCUUUGGACAACAUUGGCCAAGAACUGGAUGAUGAAAUAUUGGACGACUUUGAACGAGAUCCUGUCGAAUUUCCCAAUGGCCUGGCCUCUUUGCCUUGGACCAAAGAAUAUCGAGAGGCUUCCCAAGCGGCCAGUGAUAGACAAAAGCGACGCGAAGAACGAAGACAAGCCGAAUUGAAAAGGAGGCCCCAAUUGUGGGAGCUCUCUUCUGUCUAUGUCAUUCCAGAAUACCGCAAGCGUGGAAUAGGGAGUGAAUUGGUUCAGGGAGUCUUGCAGCGGAACAAGUAUAGCCUCAGACCAGGCAAGGAAGUAUAUGCAUUGACCUUGGCAAAGACUGUGCUAUGGUAUCAGCGGUUGGGCUUUGACAUUGAACCCGUUCCACCCAGUUCCAUGGCGCUCGAGAUUGCCGCUGGAUCUGUUAUUACCGGACUGAUCGGAGAAGAGCUCGUUUGUAUAAAAGCUACAUUAGCAGAUUAA